UAUCCCUCCAUUAAUCCACCUUAAUUUCACUUCAUGACACACUCAAUCAACACUAUCCUUUUUAUUGAAAUUCGUAACAAUUAGCUGGCUGCUUUAGUCAAAUUCCUAUCCCUUUAUUUAUUGUAUAUGUUUUUGCUGCCAUUCAUAUUUACUGCAUUUUAAUGUACACGGUACUGCAUCUAACGUUACAAAUUAAAUCUCAUCAUGUACAUAAAAUAAUGUGAAUAUGACCACAUAUGUAUAUAUAUAUAUAUAUAUAUACAUACUCCGUAUAUUAUAUGUAAUAGUCCUUGCAUGCAGAAAUAUGCAGUGGAGAGAAGCAUGACCAAGAAAUGAAACCAAACAUAGUGAUUACAAUCCUGUUGGCUCUACUUUUGAUCACACACACCAUCACGGAAGCAAAACACCAUCCCCAACACAAAGGAUCCUCAGAAGGCAGAGAAGAAGAACAGCAGAGCAGAAGCAUUAGAAGCAGAGGCAGAGGCAGAGGCAGGGGCAGAAAUAGAGGCAGGGGAUCAGGUGGAAGAAGAUCAAACUGCGAUCCACUAUUCCAAUACCUGUUUGGGAGCUGUGGGCAAUGGCCUUUUUCAACUUCUCCAUCACCAGACAAUCCAUUUUCACCCACACCUAGACCCUCUCCACGUCCUAAUCCACCACCUUUGCCUCCAUUAGUCCCUUCUCCUCCACCACUAAUCCCUAUCCCAACUCCUCCACCACUAGUCCCAAUCCCAUCUCCACCUCCUGUAGCUCUUCCUCCGCCUGUUCUUCCUUCCCCACCACCCAUUAUUCCUUCACCUCCACCUCCUUCACCUUCACCUCCACCUUCUCCUCCUCCACCUCUUGUUCCUUCUCCACCUCCGCCUUCACCUUCGCCUCCUCCACCUUUGGUUCCUUCUCCACCACCACCUUUACUCCUUCCACCUCCUAUUCCCAUUAUAUAUCCUCCACCAGAUGUGUCUCCGCCAAUGUCCCCAUGGCUCUCACCUCCUGAGUCUCCCACUCUUCCAGUGUUUUCUCCUCCACCACAGCCUCCAGAUUUUGUUCUUCCACCACCCGCACCUCCUCUUGUCCCUCUAUUUUCUCCUCCAUCAGAGUCUCUGCUACCACCUCAAGAGCCGUCACUACCUCUUGUCCCUAUAUUUUCUCCUCCAUCAGAGCCUCUUCUACCACCCCAAGAGCCAUUUUCUUUCACACCACCAAUCACAGAAACGCCAACUGAACCAGAUAGUGGUGCGAUUCAAACCCCAGAACUUCCUGUUCCACAGUCUCCGGAUAUGUUUCUGCCACCUCCAAUUCCUGAAAUUAAUCCACAGCCACAGCCACAGGAGCCUCUUCCGUUUUGGUCUACACCACCAGCACCGGAUGUAGUUUCUAAUGAACCAAUAUUCCAGCAGCCACUGUCACCACCUGAUCUUCGUUUUUUGCCUCCUUUCCAGCUUUCACCACCAUCUGAUGAUUCACCUCCUUUCAAGAACUAAUAAACUGUUCUAUCUAUUUUCUUGGUUCUUCACAUUCUAGUAUAUUACAUAAAUAUCUCGUUUGUAUCAGCAGACCAAUUAACUUGUAGGUAACUUGUGCAAUUUGUGGCUCGAACUCAGACACGAGAGGGAAACCAUGGAAAUGCCAUUGCUUGCCGGUUUUGAACAAUUCAGCCUACAUAAGAGAAAACAACAUAAUCACGGUUAGCUACAACAAGACCUUGUUAUUUUGUAGAAUCUUCAUUGUUGCUUCAGCUCAAUGAUGGACCUGCCUUUAGAUUCUUUUAAUUACUCUUUAUUUCUAUCAUUUCUAUGUUAAGAGUCAAAAACCAAAGUUAUUAUUUCAAUAUGCUUUUCAAAUAUAUAUAUAUAUAUAUAUA